AUGAGUCGGCGCGGCCCGCUGCGCGCUCAGCUGCAGCCGUCCCUAAAGCUUCAAAAGCGCCUGGAAACAUUAAACACGCGCGUGCAACGCCUGGAGACCGAGUUGACUGAACUGGUAUCCCUGGCCGUCGCCAACAGCCGGCUCCCCCCGGCCAAACCUCCACGGCGGCAAAUGAGCUUCCGCGCUGCCUCGUUGCGUGUCAAGUCCCGCAGCCAGCUCCCAGAAAUGCGGACCGACGAACCAGAGGCCCGUUCGCCCAGCCCCUCAAAUACCAACAGUCACCGAACAACGUUGGCUACCAAAAAGGAAGCUUCCAGCCGCCCCGUGAACAAGGCUUCUGAUUCCAACAAGUCGCCUCACCCCCCAGGGGCUGGCUCCAAAACGACCGCACCUUCAAAGUCCUCUACCCCCGCAGCCACCUCCAACCGCCAACCUGAACGGCCCGCCAAGGCAACCGACAUGAGCCUGGAGCACAAGGAAGAGGACUUGAUGGAAGCCAAAUCGCUUGCACAGUCGCCACCCGUGACGCUCUCGGGUGUGCAGGCGAUCAUUUUGGCCGCCGAUCUUGACGCGGCCACAGAGGUUGACGAGGCAAAGAGCGAGGACCAACCGCACACGGAAUCAAGCUCUCCCGCGACAUCAGGGCCUGCCCGUGUCUUUGACAUUCUCAGCGAGACCCAGGCCGCCGCUAGCUGGACGGAGCUGGAUGCCAUGUUAGCGAAGACCGAUGCCCACCCUCAAACUGCUGACCUGCCCUCGACUCUGGCAUCGGCACCGACCUCAUCGCAACCCCAAACCCAGGCACCCAAGCCAUCACCACCUGAACAAGACCCCGGUGCACCAGAUCAUGAUUCGGCCACGCAACCGCCGCGCCCUCCUCGCUCCGCGUCAUACUCGGCUCUGCGUGACUCUCUCAAGGACAAGGCUGUAGCUGCUCAACCUGAGCAACCGUCUUCAAGCACCAUUGUGACCACGGCAGCAACAUCCGGAGACACCUCGACCACACAAACUCAGGCAAGCGAUUCGAAACCCAGCAAAGCAUCCGAUGUUGCAACCAAGGUUGAGGAACAACCCAAUGCUAUGCUGUCGACGAGCCCAGCACCACGCCCGCCCAGGCAAGAAAACCUGAAUACUAAUUCCGUGGGCCCGAGCAGGUCCAUUGAAGCCGUGACUAGCGAUGUGACCACCGUGGCCUCGCAAGAAGAUGCAACAGCAGCAACAGAACAACGAGCGGGGCAAGCAGACCCUGACGCUCAAAUACCAAAAGAAGAGGAGGAGGAGGAGGAGGAGGAGGAGGAGGAGGAGGAGGCCCCACCGCCUCCCCCUCUACUCAAGCGCACGAGCUUUCGAGGCAGCAACCUGAGCCUCACGGCCGAAGAUGUGGGCCGAGUUUCACCCAUUCCUUCUGACGCUCCAGAGUUUGCGCUCCCCGCCCCGCCUGCAGCAGAGUCCAACACCCCUGCUCAAGCUGAAACAGGCAACCACAGGUCGACUGGCAGUCCAGGACCAAACGUCACCACAACUACAACUGCGACCACGCACGCCCAGCCUGGCGCGACACAGGCCUUUCUUGACAUGGACUUUUCUCCCGUUGUACGCAAGCCGCGACGCAGUGACGCGCAGAUGUCCCCGCUUGCACCUGAACAGGGUGACGCGACCGAUGAGCAGGACGAGAUGAUUGCUCGUCUCAUGCCCAACGUCGCUGCCACCUCAUGA